AUGCGGCUCAACAACUUCGCCUUUGCAGGUCUUUGGUCGGCAAGCCUGGCUCAGGCAUCCGAUGGCCGCAACUUGAGAGGGGGACAAGAGCCGCUUUCGAUCCAAACCGGGACCAAGAGAGCAGCCAUCGUCGGCGCAGGAGCCGGCGGGUCGUCCGCAGCAUACCACUUGAGGCAUUACGCUACCGAAGCCGGCAUCAACCUCAACAUUACCGUUUACGAGCGCAAUCCGUACAUCGGAGGUCGAAGCACUACGGUCAAUGUCUACGAUGAUCCAAACGAACCUGUCGAGCUUGGCGCGUCCAUCUUCGUCAAGAUCAACAAGAUACUAGUUGACGCGGCGGAGAGCUUCAACCUGAGCACAAGCUCUAUCCGCAAUGCUCGGCCACGGUCGCAGGAUUCAGAUGCUCUAGGAGUCUGGAAUGGAGCUGACUUUGUGUUUAUUCAAAGCGGUUCAAGCAGCUGGUGGGAUAUAGCGAAGCUGCUGUGGAAGUACGGCCUCGCGCCUAUCCGGACGAACAACCUGAUGAAGCGGACUGUGGGCAAGUUCCUGCAGAUGUAUGAAGCGCCGCACUUUCCGUGGCCUUCCUUGUCUCAAGUUGCAUUCGAUCUGGGCCUCACGGCUGUGACCGCUGCAACUGGCGAGCAGUAUCUGAAGGAAAACAACAUCGACUCCCGGUUCGCGGAAGAGAUUGUUCAAGCAAGCACUCGAGUAAACUACGCACAAAACCUCCCGCUCAUUCACGGUCUCGAGACGAUGGUUUGCAUGGCUACCGAUGGUGCCAUGUCUGUAGAGGGCGGGAACUGGCGGAUCUUCUCCGGUAUGAUAGACGCUGCAUCCGCAGACCUCAGACUCAACACCUCGGUGGUUGCUAUAGAGAAACAGCAGGAUGGUACAUACGCCGUGCACUCAAAACCAACAAUGGCAGAAGAGAUAUCCCGCACUGAUGACAUGCCCGUCGAGUUGUUCGACUCCGUCGUCCUUGCUGGUCCACUGCAGUUCUCAAACAUCAAAAUCUCGGACAUCGAAUCCGCGGGCACUGAGUCUACCUCCCCACCAAGACAUCUCCCGGAUGCAAUCCCCUACGUUCAGCUCCACGUGACGCUCUUCACAAGCAAGCAUCCCCUUUAUCCUCCAGUCUUCAACCAGCCGCUAGACAAGCCGCUCCCGAGCACAAUCCUCACGACUCUACAGCCGUACGAGCAUCCCGGCACCAACCCAGACGGCGUCGGUGCCGCAGGCUUCUUCAGCAUCAGCACGCUGCGCAAGACCGCGAAGGGCGAGUACUUGUACAAGGUCUUCUCGCCGCGUCCGGUUGACGACUCAUUCCUCCGCCGGAUAACUGGCUACCCGCCUGAUGAGUCAACGUCGGAAGAGGUGGGUAAUCCUGCUGUCACGUGGAUCUACCGCAAAGUUUGGCACUCGUACCCGUACGAGUAUCCGCGGGUUACGUUCGAGGAGCUGAAGCUUGACAAGAACCUGUGGUACACGAGUGGGAUUGAGAGCUUCAUCAGUACUAUGGAGACGAGCGCGUUGAUGGGUAAGAACGUUGCGAGGUUAGUUGUUAACGAGUGGGUAAAGAAAGAGUCACAGGCAUAG